AUGCAAAAACCAUUCAACUUCAAACUGCUGGUGCCCCCAAGAGCUCAUUUGAAUCAAAUUUCCGCAGUGAAGCCUCAGGAAACAGGCUUGUUUGAAGACAACCCUGGUUUUUCUCCUUCAAACCAGCGUUAUAACAAGUGUUCAGAUAUGGAGACAAGCCUGCCGAUUCCAUCUAAAAUGGUGCUUCCUACGAAGACAUCAAGAACUGAUGGGAUGAAGAAGGCUGCAGUCAUGCCAAUGGAAAAGGAGGAGACAUCAUUAAGAUCCAGCCAGCUGUACUCCAGAUUGCUUGAUGAAGCUGAGAAAAUCAAAAUGUGGAAGUUCAAAAUAGAUUCUGAGAUUUCACAAAAAGACAGAAAGCUUCAGGAGAACAGAAAAACCAUCGAGACGCAGCGCAAAGCUAUUCAAGAGCUUCAGUUUGCAAAUGAAAGUCUGAGCAUGAAAUUAGAGGAUCAACUGAAUGAAAAUGAAGACCUUAGAAAUAAAAGCAAUGCAACCAGAAAUCUGUGCAACAUACUAAAGGACACAUUUGAGAGAUCUGCUGAGAAAAUUAAUCUGUUUGAGGCUGAACGGGAAGAAACUCAUGAUCUGUUCAUACAGAACAGUGAGAAUAUUCGGAGAAUGGUGGUAGCAUUUGAAAGUCUUCGGAAGCAGACAGAGUCUGAUCAGCAGGAUAUGUUGAAAUUAAGAGAAUGCCUUACACAGUUUGAGGAUCUUAAAGUGAAGUUGGAGAGUGAAUGCCUUGUGAAGGAGAACGAGGUUGCUAUGCUUCAAGAAAAACUCCAAGAAAAAGAAAACAAUCUCAAAGAUGUUUCACUGAAACUCAAAGAGGCACAGCAAAGCUCCAGUGUAAUAGAGGAGUCAGAAAGGAAGCAUCAGAAAUUACUUCAAAGUGUUACACAGGACCGGGAGGGACUUGAGGAGAAACUCAGGGUGGCAGAGCAACUCAAAUGGGAGAUCGAGGCUAAAUUAAAAGAGAUGGAGGAACAAUUGUCAGGAGCUUUGGAGAGCAGCUGUAAAUCAUCAAAAGAGGUAGAAAGAUUGGAGAGGGACAUAAAGCAGCAGAAGGAGAAAUAUGAGGAGCUGAUAUUGAAGUUUAAUGACCUGCAGAUGCAGAAGGACACCAUUCAGCAACAGGUUGAUAGUGGUGCUUUAGAGAAGAAAGUCCUUCAGUCUCAUCUCAUGGAAAGCAAUGCAAAUGCAGAAAGAGAGAAGACAGAAAUUGAGAGACUCGAGAGAGAGAAACAACAACUUCAGGAGCAGGUGGAUAAUUUAUCUGCAAAAAUUGCUGGGCAGGAUGAAGAGAGUAAGAAUGUUCAACAGCAAAUGAAAGAGAGUGGCAAAACUGCAAAGCGGGAAGUUCUGACAAAAGACAAACAAAUCAAAGCACUGGAGUCAAAGCUAACAAACAUUAAAACAAAAAUAGAGACCAAAACAAAAGCUCACGAGGAAUGUCUAAAAGAGAUUACUACAUUGAAAGAAGAUUUGGAAAGUAUAAAGAAACAUUACAAGGAGGAGCUUCAGAAAAUAAGCUCUAACCUUGAAGAUAAAUCAACUUCAGAGGAUCAACUCAACCUUGAGGUGCAAAAACUGAAGGAAACAGCCAUGGAGGCACUGAAGAGUAAAGAUGACACAGAAAUCAAAUGCCAGCAGAAGAUAUCAGACAUGGUUGCUUUGAUGGAGAGGCACAAGCAUGAGUAUGACAAAAUGUUAGAAGAAAAAGAUGCGGAGCUAAGUGAGAAACGGAUGAGAGAGGCUGAAGUCAAUGCAAGCAAAGCAUCACUGGAACUGGAGCUGUCCCACCUGCAAGUGGAAAAUGAUGAUCUUAGACAACAACUUGAAAAGCUCAAAGGAGAGAAGGUGGCCUUAAGGACACCAGUUUCAUCUCUUGAAAAAGACACGCUUCCACAGGUAACUGAAAUCAAACCUAAGAAGGGAAGAAACAAGAUCUCUAAAACUCAGAGAGCUGACACCGCUAAGAAGCCUGUGUAUCCACUUUUAAAAGAGGAUGAAAGUGUACCGCCAUCACGAAAUGCAUCUAACACUCCUGCUGAAACAGUGAAUGAAGACCUUCAUACUCCGUUAUGGAGCAAAACAACUAAAACAACACCUCAAAUAAAGUCAUUCAGAAUUCGCACACCACCCUCACCUAAGAUUGCGUGGUCUUGGAAGGAAAAUAUUCUGAAGCUGGAUCCAAAAUCAGACAACUCAGACAGCAAUGACAUACUGAGUUUCUCUCCGAGACCUAUUAAAUCAAAGAAACCUAUGCAACCAAAAGACCAAGACACAGGGAGUUUGGACAUGUUCAAGAAGUCAUGUGCAAAUUAUGUACAUGUGCAGAGUUCUUUUCCAUGUAAGUCUCCAGGAACAGUGCUGAAACUGGCUGCAAUAAAGAGAAUGCGAGAUGCUGGAUGGACCACUGUUAGCAAUUCAGAUAAGAAGAAAAAAAAAGCAACAGACAAAAUCUUUGCUUAAAAGUGUUGUCAUCAAAAAUGUGUGAUUAUUCUUUUAGAAAACGAGAGCACACAUACUCUUAAUAUAAUAGCUUCUGAUUGCUUACAAUUUCUAUUGGUGUUUGAAUAAGCAGAAGUAUUUAUAUUAUUUAUUCUAAUCUCUCAGUACACAGUUUCUCUUCAUAGUAUGUUUGGUUAAAAUACAGUACCUUAAAAUGUUUAUCAAAAGAUUCUGGUUCCUGAAACAGUUGUUGUUCGUUUCAGUUGUGUGUUUAACAAAUAUUUGUAUUUAUAUUUGUGUUUUUCUGUUAUCUUCACUAAUUUUAUUAGUUCACAAUUUCAGUUUCAACGUUCAAAAGAUGUA